GCUAUUGAUUGAAUUAUCUUAAUCUAUUUGCGGAUAACUCGUCAGCCCUGCAACCCAAAAAAGGAGGCUGCUCUUGCUGUUGCUAAUCUGUUAGUAUCUAUGUACAUUAGUACUUUCUUCAAAAAUUGGUCGAAGCUACGUCAGCUGUAGGGAGCUGGCUGGCUGGCAAUCUAUGUACAUCUAAACUUGUACACUAUUACAUUGUAUUGUCUAUCUCGUUGCUCACUUAUCAUCAUAUUACCAAUUUGACUGGUUUUUUCUUCUUAUUACCUUGACAUAGUAACCCUACCACCCAAUUCCUCUUACUAUCCUCUCAACCGAUAUUAGAAUAGUCAAAGUGAGGGUGUUCAUCCCUUCUAUCCGCGUCCGCCAUGUGGCGAGACCGCACCAACCUAUAUAUCUCCUACCGCCAAUCCUACGCUCACCACCCAGCGAAGAAGACACGGUACGGUCCGGGUCCCAGUACCCCCGGCGGAGGAAAUGGGUUCUCGGAAUUCGGUCGCGGUAGCGGCAGCGCCGCGGCGGGUGGUGGCGCCGAGGAUCAGCAAGGCUUACUAUCGGGUGCCGACUACCAUGACGAUGGCGACGCUGUAAUCGAGAUGGACUUAUUGCCGCCGCGCUGGGCCGACGUUAACGACGAAGUCUCGGACCUACUCGCCGACAUAGCCCGCAAAUCCCAAACCCUCGAGCGCUUACACCAAAAGCAUGUGUUACCCGGCUUCGACGACGAAGAUGCCAAGCGCGCAGAAGAGGCCGAGAUCGAGCGCCUGACACAGAACAUCACAAAGAGUUUCCACGAGUGCCAUCGAUGUAUACAGCGCGUUGAGCAGAUGGUCCGCGAGGGCAAGCGCAGCGGUUCUAUGACCAAGGCCGAGGAGACUAUGGCCAAAAAUAUACAAAUAAGUCUUGCGGCGAGAGUACAAGAGGCUAGCGCUGGCUUUAGAAAAAAGCAGAGCGCAUAUCUAAAGAAACUUCGCGGCAUGUCCGGCCUGGGCGCCGUAUCACCAGGGGGCGAACGUAGUGCGACGCCUCUCGGGAGCACAACGAGUAGUAGCUAUGCAGCAGACCCAUCACUCCUCGAAUCCGACGCAGACCGAUCAUACUCGCAAUCAGCAUUACAACAAACAACACACCAAAAACUGCUUCAUAGUAACGAUGCGGCGAUCCUGCAGCGCGAGCGUGAGAUCGAGGAUAUCGCACAAGGCAUCAUUGAGCUUUCCGAUCUCUUCCGCGACUUACAGACCAUGGUCAUCGAUCAGGGUACUAUGCUAGAUCGCAUUGACUACAACGUUGAGCGCAUGGCCGUCGACGUGAAAGGUGCGGACCGUGAGCUUGUAGUCGCCGCUGGAUAUCAAAAGAAGACCACUAAGCGCAAGCUGAUAUUACUGCUCGUACUGCUCAUUUUCGGCGCCAUAAUACUUUUAGUUAUAAAGCCCAAGAACCGCGGUGGUGGAAGUAGUAGUAGCGGCGGAGAUGGCGAUGGUGGUGAUGGAGGGUAACGGGGAAUGUUUCUUUUUUAUAGGCUUGAAGGCUGUGUAGGAAGUACGGUAUUUAAAAAGAACCUGGCCCGAACCAUGUCUGAGCCAUUGAUAUUAGACAUCAAGCGACUUAUCGCAGGUACGGGAGGCGUCAAUGAGACCUAUGCUAUGUACCAAAUAAGUUCACAUAAAUUUUAAUU